ACCGGAGCGAGAGGAAGGAAACCAAACCAGAGAAGCGGCAGUUCUGGACUGGAAGAGGGAAGCGGAGGAAGGGGAGGCGAUCUCGCCGUCAUUGCCGGCGAAGGCGCUGGCACCAACCGGCAACCGCAGCACCGUAUUCGCCAAUCGACGCCUGCUUCCUAGAGAGUCUGAAAUCAUGCAAAGCCCCAGCAAAAUCUCCGGCGCCUCUGCCUCCACUACGACCCCUGCUGUGUGUGGGCUUCCAGGGUGGGUAGAUCUCCCAGAAGGCUUGCUCCAGUCCAUCAUUCCUCUGUUGGGCUCCUUCCUUGAGCUCCUUGCCUUCACCGGGACGUGUCGCUCUUGGCGCUCUGCCUUUUCCUCACACCCAUCCAAAUCCACAUUCUGCACCUUGCUCCCACCACUCCUUGUCCGGCCCCACAUCAGUGUCCAUGCUCCACAUCUCCCUUCCAGAAGUGACGAUGGUCACGAGCUCCGCACAUGCCAGGUCCUUGAUCUAGCCAACUUGAAAAGCACCCUUCGCUGCCAGAUUCCUGAAGAGACAUUUGAGGAGUUGUGCUUUGCCGGCUCUUCCUAUGGCCAGCUGAUUUGUGGUGGUGGCAAAAAUUGUCUUGUGGUUGAUGUGUUCACUGGUGCCAAAGUUUUACCACCACAGCUCCCGUUUGACGAUGACACUUAUUUCUACUCUGGCAUGCUGACAGCUCCCCUCACAUCACAUAACUCACACCUCCUUGUUUGCGCAGCAUCCAACCAGCGCAGCAUUCAGUCCUCCCUUCUUGAUUGGCCAGUUGGAAGUGAUUCUUGGUCAGAACUACGGCUCGAUGAUUCACGGAUUGAGCAGAUUGUGGAGUUCAAUGGUCAGUUCAUCGCAUUGGACGGCAGCUACAGGCUCUACACUCUUUCCUUGGCCCCCGAGCUUGGUCUGCAGGAGAUAGCAACUGUGUGGUGGAAUGGCAUGAAUGAAUGUCCAUAUCUAAGGCCAUGGAUCGUGGUGUGCGGUGACAUGCUCCUCAUGGUCGACCACUACAUUACGCUUUCAUAUGAUGGGGCACCUGUCAACUACAAAGCCUACCGCCUCGACUUGUCAACUGUACCUGCAGUUUGGGUGGAGGUGAAGAAGCUGGAGAAUUACUCACUCUUUAUUGGGAGCGAUGUCCGGAGCCCGGCGUUUUCUUGCACCAGUCCAGGACGAUGGGGUGGGCGGAGCAACUGCUUGUACUAUGGGUAUUACUAUCAACCUUGGAUCUUGCAUGGACUUGGUGAUGAGGCAGAUGCUGUGUGGGAUCCAGACAAUGACCCUGACCUUGUGUUCAAGAGGAACUGGUACAUCAGGCUGCAGCCCUUCUGGGUGUACCCAAGCAUGUUUUACAUCGGCCAGUGAUCGAUGGGCUCCAUCUGCUUGCGUUGAAAUUUCGUUUUUGAGUUUUAUUAGAGAGCAGAGACUUUGCAUCUGCAUUGAUGACGCCAGUAUGGUAUUAGAACCUAGAACUGGGGAGAUGUAGUUAAGCGUUUGCAGGCUUAUCAGUUUCACCGUUCAGUCUUUAGAUGUUUCCACUGCUACUUUUAAUCUCUUGGACUGGUUGUGAACUUGUUGGUUGCGUGCUGGAAAGCCUGGAAGGCUGAACCGACUACUGUUAUUUGAAUGAGUUGUUGAAGACGAUUGUGAUGUCUGA